AUGACCCUUCAUAAGGGCUCUAAGCUUUCGGCUUUGGCCUGCCUUCUGUUUGUCCUGUCCUGCAUCCUGACUCAAGUUUCUGGACAAGAUUGCAGCGCCGCCAAUCCGUGCGCAACCGGAUGCUGCUCUAAACAUGGCUACUGCGGAACAGGGGAGACUUAUUGUGGAGCAGAUUGUGUCGCAAAUUGCGACUACGAAUCCACGGCGCAGUGCAGUGCCACCAAGCCGUGCGCCGAGGGUUGUUGCUCUAAGUUCGGAAUUUGCGGAUAUGGCCCCGACUACUGCAGUCAGGAGAACUGUGUUUCUUCCUGCGGACAGCCAUCCGAAUGUGAUCCGGGAGACUGGGGAUCAGAAUUUGCUAACUCGACCACCUGCCCAUUGAAUGUCUGCUGUAGUAAGUAUGGCUUCUGUGGCACCACUGAAGAGUUUUGUGGUGAGAAGAAGGUCAAGCGGCCGUCCUGCGGCACAGGUGGAAAACUCCAGCGUAUCGUGGGCUACUACGAGGGCUGGGCCGCCAAGAGACCUUGCAAGGCCUUCUGGCCAGAGCAGAUUCCUCGGGGAGUCUACACGCACCUUAACUACGCCUUUGCAACCGUCGAUCCAUUGACGUUUGAGGUCCUACCGCCCACCUCCUUGGAAGCACGCUUGAUGAAGAGGUUGACUGCGUUGAAACGGGACGAUUCUGGUCUGCGUGUGAACAUCGCGAUUGGCGGAUGGAGCUUCAAUGACCCAGGCUCAACCGCCUCAAUUUUCACCGAGCUUGCUGCUUCAGAAGCCAAACAACGGAAGUUCUUCAGAUCAUUAACAUCUUUCUUAGCAACCUACGACUUUGACGGGGUCGACAUAGAUUGGGAGUACCCUGUUGAUGGCGAUCGCGGCGGGCAGGAGGUUGACUUCGCGAAUUUUCCGCGGUUCAUGACUAACUUGAAACAUGCAUUGAGAGGAACAGGAGGCCGAGGAGAAUUGAGUUUGACUCUUCCCACGUCCUACUGGUAUUUGAGAAACUUUGACAUCAAGUCUUUGGCUAAGAGCGUUGACUAUUUCAAUUACAUGUCAUAUGACCUUCAUGGCACUUGGGAUAGAGGCAAUAAAUGGACUGGCGAUUAUCUCGAUGCCCAUACCAACCUGACCGAGAUUGCGGACAGCUUGGACCUACUAUGGAGGAAUAAUAUCAGCCCUGACAAGGUGGUGAUGGGAAUUGCUUUCUACUCCCGAGCAUUCACUGUGGCGGACACGAAUUGCAUGGCUCCGGGAUGUCGUUUCGGGUCCGGAUCAGAUCCAGGGCCCUGUAGCGGGCAGACGGGGAUUUUGAUGAACAGCGAACUCGAUGAUAUCAGAGCCAACAGGAGCCUGACGCCAUCUUGGGACAAAAAGGCUGCUGUCCAGAUCAUGAAAUGGGAUAAUCAAUGGGCAACGUACGAUGAUGCCACCACCUUCAAGCAGCGCAUCGCGUUCGCGAAGAAAACAUGUCUAGGAGGCGUGAUGGUGUGGGCUGUCAGCCACGAUACCUACGACGGGGUAUACUCCAGUGCGCUUGCUAGCCUCUCGCCUCAGGCCAAGCACUUCAAGAAGCUCACAAUCUCCACCGAUGGUCUGACCGUGACCGAAGACGAACAAAACAAGCAAUGCAAGUGGACCGCAUGCGGCCAGACCUGCCCGGUGGACUUUGUUGCUAUCUCGCGCUCUGACUCAAAGUACAGAAAGGGUGAAUUGAUGCUCGAUGGAAUCGAUUGUCCAAAGGGAUCCAGCCAUACUUUGUGCUGCCCAAAGGAGGAUGUUCCGAAAUGUGGGUGGUAUACCCAUAACAACGGUAAAUGCAACCCCGAGUGUCCGUCUGGCUACUUUGAAAUUGGAUCAAUCUCCAGUAAUGGGCUUUGCAAGGCGAGCUAUCAAGCAGCUUGCUGUCAAACGAACAAGGACUCCACCAAGCUCUAUAGUACGCUACAGUGGUCCACGUCUCCUGACUGCGAUAGUGGGGAAUGUCCGGUGCUCGACGACAGCAAGUCCGACACGCUGACCCUCGCAACCACAGGGAGCGGAGACGCAUGGUGCAAUACUCGGUCCUACAAAACUCGCCUCGACUUUACUAUUGCCGACAUUGUCUAUCAGGAGCGAAAGCUAUGCUAUGAUUCGGGGAAAGACAAGAUGGCCUGGGAUGGCUGCGACUGGUACCGAUCAGUAGACAGCCCACCCAAGGGCAAGUCGGGUGAUUAUUGCGUCGACUCCUGUCCUUCAGACAUGGUCCGACUGGCCACGUACAAAUACGACGAGACCUGUGCGGGGGGCACGCGUGCUUUCUGUUGCUCCGACAAGUAUUAUGUUUCAAAGAGCCACACCAACCCGGAAAUGCUAAAUUUCCGGGCCGCUUUGAAUGAUUACCAGAUAGAGGGAACGUGCUAUACGGGCGAGGAGAGUUCACUCAGUCGCAGAGAUGACCCAUCGUCUAGCCUCGUGAGGCGGGGUGCAAAGAAAUUGGAAGAAUUCAAUCUUGUGUACCCGCUGCUCUAUUCGCUGCUCAAAACUAAGGACAGCGAUCUCGAUGCCAAACAGCAAGUGGAAGCAGGCUACUGGGACGAUUGGGCGAGGGCGAAUUCUUACCUAGGGCUAGUCCUGAGCACACUGAGGUCGUACGCCCAGCAAACGCGGCUAUGGUCUGAACUGGGGGGCGACGAAAUGGCUCAAAGGAAAUCAAUUCCAGUGUGUCAGGGGGAUCCAUGUGAUGAGGACGCAGAUCCUGAUUUAUGUCGAACUGCGGAGCUAGAUGGCGAGAUCGGUGAUGAUAGCAACGACGAAGACGACGACGACGACGGGCUUGUGGAGAAGCGAGGAUUCUCCCCUCUUCGCCCUCGGGACAGUCUCCAGAAACGUGGUGUCAGCCAGAAGACAUUCGAAGUUCACUGUGCCGACGGGACUAAAGUAGAAGGCUUGAAAAUAACGCCGGAAGACUACUAUUCUGCCGGAAAAUGGAAGCCAGCGGACAUUCAAUAUCAAGAAGCUCGGACAUACCAGAGUCGACAAGACUGCGCCAACCCCUUGGUGGAUCCGCUCCAGAAGCAGGGCAACAACUAUGAUACUGAACACAUUUUGGAGCUACAGAUUAUCGGGACGUUCUUUGAAUAUGCGACCCAGGGAAAGCUCGUUUCAGGCCGAAGUCCAGCUUUCCAGCGCAUUGGUUGCCAUUUCUUCUUAAAACCAUCCCAGCAUCCCAAUGGCCUGGACUUCUUGCAUCAGCCAGAUUUGGAUGGCGUGUUACUCUACCCAGGGGACCCAAACAAGGCUCAAAGGAAGAGCAAAAGGCUAUGGCAAUAUCCUGAAUUCCGAAUUAUGUCUGCACUCGGUUCGAAGAGGAAUAAAAAGAACUUCUAUUUGCUUGAAAAGGCUGUCAAUGGCAUGAAAGCACGGGUCUUCGGCAAUAAAGAUCUGGUGGACCCUAGGAAAUGGACACCCUUUGUGGAAGACACUUCUAACCCAGGAAUCCCGCUCAAAGAGCUCAAGGCAGCUAUAGCAGUUUGGCAUUAUCUCAAUGAUCAAGAGGUGAAAGCUUCGUUUGUGGAGAUUGUCUCAGACUUGCGAAUGGUUUGGGAAGCGGUGGAUAAUGAAUUCAACCAUGCCAUCCCCUUGUUCUUGCCGGCAUGGGACGAAUGGUGGCACGAUUGGAUUGACUAUCAGGUGGAACGGACUUCCAAAUGGGUCGCCAAAGGGAUUUCUGAAAUGCGUGACGUAUGGGAGAACGUGAGCGACGAAGACCCAGCAAAAUUGGUUGUUUUGGCGGCACUGAGCGAAUUGAGUGGUUUCCACUCGGCCAUCGUGACAUACAGCCAUACCAUAUUCCCGUAG